CCUAGGUAGCUGCUCUCCGCUUCCGAAGAACAAACACCAACCCACCACCAUGGCCGCCGACGCUGUCCUGUACCAGCGCAGGCGGAGGCGCAGAAGAAGAAGACACGACAAGCCCGCCAUCUCCGCCCGCCUGCUUCUCGACGAGCGCAUCAAGGGCGACGUCGGCCUUCUAUCCGACGACCUCUUCGCCGACUUGUUCCCCGCCGCCAGGCAAGCACCGGGCAAUCAGGACAUCCACCAUGUCGCCAUCACGCCCUGGACGCCGAGCUCCGUCAACUCUCCUACUGCAGCUUCCUGGACCAUCCUGCCCGUUCGUGCGGCUAGCAAUAGCGACAAGGACUCAUCGCGUCCGAAUUCCUCCCUCCAAUUCCCCGCCGCUUCGUUAGCGCUGCAAUCGUUCGUCCAAGCGCUCCAGUCGACGGCCCCGAACCGCCUUCAACGACGAGAUGCACCAAUUGAGAUUCGCAUUGUAGAUGUUGCCCCGCUGGGAUUGAACACGAUAUUUGUCAGUAUCGAUGCGGACGGUCUGCGCAAGCUGGAGGAGGUCCGGGCAAAGUUCGGAGGCGGAUUUGGCAUUACGCCAGCCAAAGAGAGGCAGCUCGCUCCGAACGGUGUCAAGGGGAAAUCGCAAGAUUCGGCCCAGCGGGAGAAGGCAUGGAAGAAUGCAGUCCGCAAAGCAUUAGAAGUCCCCAGCAUAGUACACGCGGGAGACCUGCUGCCUUUGCCAAUCGAUGGACAUCCAAUCACUCAUGUGCCCGCUCCUCCAGCUAAAAUCGUCUCUUGUGAGCCAGUAUCCCAGGGCGUACUGCUUCCGAGCACAAGGAUAGUCGUGUUGCAUUCUCGUAGCCGGAACAAGUCCGCCAAGGCCUCUUCGACAGCCCUCGUUAGCCCGCGGCUAGCGUCCGGCCCCGGCGAAGACGAUGAAGACACAUCAAAUGAUACUUUCUACUCUGCCGCAGAAGAUAAGGGCUCUUCUACUGGACCUUCGCUAUCUGAUGAUGGAGAUGCGUCUGCUGCAGAACAUCUGGAUUCAGAAGUCUCAGGGUCUGAUGCUGGAGACCUCUCAGACGGCUCAGACGACAUGAUAUCCCUGAGUGCUCCUUCGUUACCAGGGCAGGCUUCGGGCACUAUUUCUGCCUGGACCUCGACCACACCAAGGGGUGGGACCAUUCGUCAGACUGGCAGAAUGAGUCCCGGAGCUGCCUCCGUAUAUUCCACUUUUACAACAGCAACAACCAGAGGCAGUGGCAGCGCUGGAAAAGUCUUCAAAGCUGUGGGACUCCUCGAGCAAAUUCCGGAAGAGAUGGUUCACCCCAAGCCUGGCUCGGAUGACGACGAGGAGGCUCGUGUUUUCGUGGACACAAAUACGCUUGUCAAGGUAGGAUGUUUCUCCGGUGACUGGGUACGGAUCGAGGCUGCACAAGAACCGCAAGGGCAUGGGGGCGGUGCCUUGAGUCUCCAAUAUGCCUUCAACGAAGAAGCUGAGCCUUCUGAAUUCCGCGCGGUGAGAAUUUUCGGGCUUCCGGAAAGCAUGUCGAAAAAGCCUGCGCGGUAUCCAGUGAACCGCUCCCACCAGCGAGUGUCCAGCGUUUCCACGCAAGUACCUGGAAGCUCACCGAGCCAGGCAUAUCUGUCUCCGGUUCUCAUAGCGAACAUGGGUAGCCCGACCCAUUUGCGCAUAUCUCCCAUACAGCCUCCAUCACUUCCCUUUACCAAGACGCCCGGCCUCCAGAAGCCAAAGAUUACAAGCUCUUCGCUCCCGCCCCUCGCAAAAGAGGUCAAGCUACUGAAGCUGUCAACGCCCCUAUCAACCGACCGACUUCUUCAACCAAGUUUGUUUGUCGGGUUGAAAGACUACUUUGAGCAGAAAAGACGCAUAGUAAAGAGCGGUGAUUUGAUAGGGAUCGCAGUGGAUGAGGCCCUAGGCAAAGCAGUAUUCCAAGGAACCAGACCCGAGGAUGAAGCAGAAACCGAGGAGUUACUGUCGAAUUCCAAGUCUGACGGAUCCACCGACCCUCGCCCUAACACAGACAGGAACCUGAAGAGCGUGGCUUGGUUCAAGGUCAGCAACGUAACUGCGGCGGUCUCAAGCGAGGCUCGGUAUAAUGGCGACCUUUCUGACGAUAUCUGGGGAGGAACUGUAUCCGUCGAUGCUACAAACACGAAAAUUGCUCAGGCUGGAAGUGAGCAAGGGAAGCUGCCGAGCGCUACUGGUAACUCCUGGCAGUACUACUUCGGCGCGAAGCGCAUCCCUGCACCACCGAACGGUUCUGCUACAAAACCCUUUGGCAUGACGGAUCUGCCUAGCCAAUACAUUUCACCGCUUCGACGCCGUAUAAGAGAACUGGUAUUGGCAGCUACAAGCCCCCGUGCGGUACACUUGGGCUUGCCGCCUUUGGCUAUUCUCGUUACCUCGACGCAGCGACAAAUCGGCAAAGCCACCACCGCCAUUCGUGCUUGCGAAGACUUGGGUUUGCACACAUUUCCCAUCGACUCCUUUGACAUUGUCACGGAAGGAGGUUCGGGGGGAGGCGAUGUCAAGACUGAGGCAUUCCUCAAGGCUCGAGCUGAUAGAGCGCUGGCCUGCGGUGCAGAAUACACGGCCCUUCUCUUGAAGCACGUCGAGGCGCUAAAUGCCGACCGGAUGGUAGCAGCCCUGAAGGAAGUCCUUGCCGAUUCGCGAGUCCUCGUCGCCACAACAACCGAAGUCGAUAAGAUCCCUGAUGGCAUUCGCGGCCUGUUCACCCAUGAGUUGGAGAUGUCGGCGCCAGACGAGGCAGAGCGAGAGGGCAUUCUUCGGGGCAUCGUCGAGGCCCGCGGCAUCCGUCUCUCACCCGACGUCGACCUGUCCAACAUUGCCGUCAAAACCGCGGCCUUGGUUGCUGGUGACCUAGUCGAUGUGAUUGACCGGGCGCUCGUAGCCAAGCACACGCGCUUAGAGAGCAUUGUCUCUGAAGCGAACAAGCACCUCCCCGACACUUCCAUGGCCCUCACAGUCAAAGACUUGGAACUAGCAGGUGGCGCAUCCACGCUCAGCCUCACGACCGCAGACCUCACUGCCGCAGUCGACGCCGCGCGCAAAAACUUCGCGGACGCGAUCGGCGCGCCCAAGAUCCCCAACGUGCAGUGGUCGGACGUAGGCGGCCUGACGCACGUCAAGGACGCCGUAACAGAAACAAUCCAACUGCCGCUGUCGCGGCCGGAGCUGUUCGCGCGCGGCAUGAAAAAGCGGUCGGGCAUCCUGUUCUACGGGCCGCCGGGCACGGGCAAAACGCUGCUGGCCAAAGCCAUCGCGACGUCCUUCAGCCUCAACUUCUUCUCCGUCAAAGGCCCCGAGCUGCUGAACAUGUACAUCGGCGAGUCGGAGGCGAACGUGCGCCGCGUGUUCCAGCGCGCGCGCGACGCCCGCCCUUGCGUCGUCUUCUUCGACGAGCUGGAUAGCGUGGCACCGAAGCGUGGCAACCAGGGCGAUAGCGGCGGCGUCAUGGACCGCAUUGUGAGUCAGUUGCUGGCGGAGCUGGACGGGAUGAGCGAUGGCGGCGGGGAGGGUGGCGGAGGAGGCGGAGGCGUGUUUGUGAUUGGCGCGACGAACCGGCCGGAUUUGCUCGACCAGGCAUUACUGAGGCCGGGGCGGUUCGACAAGAUGCUCUAUUUGGGCGUCAGCGAUACGCACGACAAGCAGUUGACGAUUCUGGAGGCGCUGACGAGGAAGUUCUCACUCGACCCCGCCCUCUCCCUCGCCAGCAUCGCGCAGACCCUCCCCUUCACUUACACCGGCGCAGACCUCUACGCCCUCUGCUCGGACGCCAUGCUCAAAGCGAUAACGCGGCAAGCCAGCGCCGUCGACGCCCGCGUCCGCAGCAUCAACGCCCAGCGCGCGGCACAGUCUUCCCCGCAGGCACCGAUGACGAUCGCGCAUUUCUUCGACCAUGUCGCUGGCCCUGCCGACAUGCAGGUCAGUGUUACGGCCGCCGACUUUGCUGCUGCGAGAGAUGAGUUGGUCCCGAGUGUUAGUGGUGAGGAGUUGGGGCAUUAUGAAAGAGUGAGGAGGACAUUUGAGGGGCAGGCGAGGGAGAAGGAACGGGGGAGAACGGGGACGGGUGAGCCGCAGCCCCAGAUCGGUGCCCAGGGGUAUGUGAGGGCGGCGGCGAAGGCGGCCGAGGCAAAGAGAAGUGAGGGCGGGAGCUAUGCGGCUGUCACGGCGAGGAAGGGGAAGGGCAAGGGCAAAGGUAAGGGGAAGGUUGGUGUUGCUGGUGCGGAUGGGGACGCGGGUGGUGAUGGGGGCGCGGGUGCGGAUGACAACGACGAUGAUGACGACGACUACGUUAUCCGGACCGACCAUCUGAUUAACGGCGGCGGCGGCGGCGGCGGCGGCGGUGGUGGUGCUGGUGGUGGCGGAAGCACGAGCAAGGGCAAAAGUAAAGGCAAAGGCAAAGCAGCAGCAGCAGCAGCAAGCGCAGGCGGAGGCGGAGAAGGAGCCACGGGCGCAGAAUUCGGCGAUGCGGCCGAGGGGGACGAGGAUAUGUACGCUUGAGUGCGCACGUACACAUCUACAGUGAGCAGGCGUGGUGUGGUGUGGAGACGCGAUGUCAUAUCAGUGAUAGUAGUGUCAGUGUGUGAGGGGUGGUGGAAUGGCUUAUAGAUGCAGUUGAGUAGGCAGGCAGCCAGUGAGUCGGUCGGUGGUUUGCUGUGUGGGUUCGUCUUCUUUUGGCGGUUCUUGCGUUUUGGGGCGGAACUUGGUUGGUUGCUUGCUGUUCAAGUGGUGUGGUGGGUAGGGCGUUUGUGUGCUUGGGUGUGUCCUCUUGAUUAGUAACUUACCUCUAUCCUCCCUACCAGCCUGCUACACUAUAAACUCGUAUCCCGCAGACUAAUUGAGGAACU